ACAAUCAGUUGACCACUCUAUUAUCUCUCCCUCGAAUGAGGGACCAGUGGAAUUUUAUUUCCAAGUAAUAAUAGAAUAUUCUCACUGUGUGUGCGAUAAAAAUUGAAUCAAUUACUGACGAUCUGUGAUAAGACAUCAAUUUUUCAUCGUAAUUGAUGCACUUUUUUCAUUUGAAAAAAUAUUGGAUCGAGAAUAACUGGUAUUUGGCAGAUUAAAGCUAUUGAUAUGGAUCAAGCCACUCUUGAAGUUCGAAAUCGUCCGAAUGUAAACGAUAAAGCUGCCAUCGAACUCGUAAAUAUUUUGUAUGGGUUCAAGGUGAUAAGUAUUAGAGAAUUGAAUGGAUACGAUGAUAAAAAUUUACGAAUCAAGUGUCUAGAAGAAGAUUUUGAUAAUCCUCAUGUUGAAUCAGUCGAGAAAGAUGGAUAUGUAUUGAAGAUAAUGAACUCUCUGGAUUCGAAGAACAUUUCUCUGGUCGAGGGACAGAACGCAAUGAUGUUAUAUCUCCAUCAGCAAUCAGUUUCGUGUCCCAUUCCAGUGAUGAAUUCGAAAGGAAGUUAUUACUCACUCGAGGAUCUUGGCGAGGGUAAAAACAAUAAAAAUGUUAUUCGUCUUUUAGUCUAUCGUCCAGGAGAAAUUUUGUACAAUCUAGAACCCUCCGACGCUCUCCUCCGAGACGUUGGACGUUUCUCGGCGGAUUUAGAUGAAAAAUUGAAGGGAUUUUCUAAUUCCUCGUUGAAAAGCCGAGACUUCAUAUGGAUGCUUUUUUCAAUACCAAAAUUACGUGACUACACAUACGUCAUUAAAGAUCAUAGGGACAGAAUUUUAGUGGAAAAGGUGAUUGUUCGUUUCGAGACCAGUGUACUAGAUAAUAUUGAUCACUUUGAGAUGGGAAUGAUACAUGGUGAUAUUAAUGAACAGAAUCUGCUUGUUGAUUCUGAUCAUCAGACAAUUUCUGGUAUUAUUGAUUUUGGGGACUCUCAGUACUCGUGCCUUAUUUUCGAACUAAUAAUUGCCUUGUGUUAUAUGAUAAUUCAGGUGAAAGAUAUAGAGAGGGGGAGACAUGUGAUACAUGGGUAUUUGAGUGUAAAGAAAAUAACAGAAUUGGAGAGGAAAAUUUUAAAGAUUGGAGUCUGUGCUAGAUUGUGUCAGAGUCUUGUCAUGGGGGCUUACUCCCAUUUGAAUAAUCCUAAGAAUGAUUACGUUAUAGUGACAGCUGCUAAUGGGUGGAAAAUAUUGAGGGAAUUGUGGAUCAUGGAUGAGGAAGCAGUUUUCAAAAUGUGGGGGAUUUAAAAACGGUGGAACAUGAUAUUUUCAUUCCUAUCUUGAUUUGUUCUUAGAUUAUAUGUACAUAAUUUUGUCAAUUAUACUGGAGAUUAGUCAUUAUCACUAUUCGAAAUAGAGUAAUAACAUAAUUGUUACUAUUUGGGUAAUGUUGAAUGAAUUGUGGUGGAACAAUGCAGAUAAUUCUAUUAUGUUAUAUUCAUGAUGAGGGAUAUUUGGAUUUUUAAAAUGAUAAAUAAUAGAUAGGCAGAAUAAUAGAAGGUUUUGAACAUAAGGGGCUUUAAAAUUUUUAAAAAUAAUUUACUCUGUUAUUAUGCAGUGAUAUACCUUCUCCCCAUUUUAUUUUCGAUCCAGUUAUACGUAGGCAGUUACAAUAUUUACAUACAGAUUUCAAUGAACAAUAUUAAUACUCUUCAUUUGAUAAUAUUGCAGUAACCAUUUUACAUUGUGUUGUGUUAGUUAUAUACAAAAAUCGUUGAUCUAAUUUAUAAUUAGGUAAUUAGGUUAUUAUACUUUCGGCGUUGACAUACGAAAUUCAUAAUUAACAUCAAAUGAAAUUCCAAUCAACACUCCUUUAUGAUUUGAUAUCAAUAAAAAAUAAAUAAAAAUCAUUGUGAGAAUAUGCGACGUUAGGGUUUUAUUUUUCAUUCCUUUAGGUCUAACUAUAUUUUUUUUAAGUACUAUAUAAUUUUGGCGCUUAUUCGUUAAGUGAUAAUGGCAAAUUCGUCGAGAGCUUUCGAUUAUUAUAUCUAAUGCAUCAGUGCUGGAAUUAGCAGUUACAUGAAAUUUAUUUUCCCCUAGAAUGACAGUUUUUUUUUUUGUUCAAUUGUUUAAAUGAUAAAAGGAGCUCUGAUUGAUGGUUUUUUUUAUGAAAGAGAGGCACGUACUCCUCGAGCCACGUCGAUGAAUGAUAAAAUAUUCAAUGAAUAAUUUAUUAUUCUUCUUUAAUCACUGGCUAUCUUAGUAAAAUAUUAUAUUACAUUACUUAUUUAUCGCUUACAUUCAAUCGGUUUACGUACGAUCCUUGAGGGUGGUGUGUAGGCGUUUAAUAGUUUACUCAGUGUCAUUUACUUUAUAUCUAUUUAUAUAAUUUAA